AGUUCAUGCGCAUUUAGAAAGUCCCUGAUAUAGAAAACGUGAAAUAGUUGCAACUUACAGGAUGUAGCAGUGAACGUUCCUCAUUAUGAUGAAUGCGUAUAUUAUAUUAUUGUCGACAUGUUGAAGUACCAAACGGUGGCGACAGCAACUGAUACCACUAAUAUUUCUGGCGUCACAUCCGGAAUGGCCUCUGCAAUGCAGACACUGGUUGUUGAUGCCUCAACUUGAUUGGAACCACAUCAUUAGUACUCGGAGGCAACACGUUGGGAGGUACUGAUUCCGCCUACCUGCUUCAGCAAGCAAGGCUCUGACAACAGUGAGAUUAAUUCUAUAUUUACAACGAGCAUCAUUGUCGUGGGCAAUACGAUCAAUGCAACCGCUGUGGGAUGGAUUGGAGGGAUUUCCUCGGCAGGCACUGCGCAAUCAUUGAAGACACUCACCUGUGAUGCUUUUCGUAGCGUAUCUGGGUUGUCAUUUGUUGGAUCUACUUCAUUGGUACUCGAAGGAGUGUGUUAGGAGUGUGUUAGACUCAAACAAGUGCAUCACUGGGAUUGCGAAGGUGAAUUUGACAAGCGCGGACUUAACUGGCCGAACGCAAACUACAACAGCAGCAAACGGUCGACUAAACAGACUCGGUAUGGUAAUUACAAAUGGAUAAUUAAACGCAACGAGCAUAGCGUGUUCUUGGAUCUUGCUUUUAACCGCAUAGCAGCUGACACGGGAGAUCUAGUGUUCGCUACGAAACAUCCAACUAAUAAUGCGUCAGAAGCGCUGAGAGUGAAAUGUACAGGAGCACCCAAUAUUAACACAUCAUCGACCAAUGCAAUAGUAACUGCAUCGGAUCAACAAUCUACACUGAUGGUUCGUAUCAGAGGUUGCUCAAUAUGCAAAGCACGAACAUCAACUCAGUAUCAUUCGAGGUACAGGUCGAUUUAGGAGACGCAGGAACAUCGACAAACGCAUUACAUUCACCAGCAACGAUUUGCGGUUCAUGACAGGUGACGCAACUAGAAAAAAAAAUGAUACUCAUCUCGGGAGGAAACUAGGCAUCGGAACUAACAACCCAGGCUUCAUUUUGGCUGUAUCUGGAAGCGAUUCAACAACGAUUGAUUCUGGUGGCCUUGACAACGGACAACAUUCUUCAUUGGAUCUCUAUCCUCUCAACCUAUCUCGGCUCGCUUCAGCGCCUCAUCGCUGAUCACUUCUGGGAGCUACUUCACGAACGAUUAAAAAAAAUAUCCAACCAGUUACAUCCAAGCUUGUUGCAGCGCUUAUGGAUAUAGGUCCAUGCACCUAUCUCUACAAGAACCAGAAUGUAAGCGACACGAAGCAAUUUUGGGUACAUGAAUGUACUCGCAAAGGGCCCCACUUCUCUUGUCAAUCUAAUUGAGAACGACUCGAUGAAGGUAGAAGCGGAUGGUGGUCUUGAAGGGUAUCACCUAAACGUUUCAAUUCGAAAUAUUUUGCUUGUUGCAUAAGCAGAUCAACAUUUUGCUCAAUCGAAUCGAAGCUCUUGGCUAAAAUGCAGGCAAUUUAAGUAUGCAAGUAGAACCCACCCAAGAGCUCUUUCAGUUCGUUCUUGUUAUAUUGAAUGUUUAAGUCAUCGGAAGGAUUCGCAAGUUCUUUGAAAUGAUUAUCAAAGAAUUUAAACUUGGUCUUUGGUCCAUCGAGAACUGGCAAACCAUCUCGUUUAGCUAUGAAUUUUCCUAUUUCCACUCCGAACCUCUUUCUGAUAUUAGUAUAUAGACUUUUUGCGGACUUCGCUUUUAAAUUGUGCUUAACUAUUGAGCGCGUAUCUCAUGUUGAAUUCGCGAUUCAGCACUUCAUUCCGAUCUUUCUUUUUUCUUCCGAGUUUCCUUCAUCGCGAUUCUUUGCUGCCCGUUUGUCUGUGUUGGGUUUAUCCGCUGAUGUGUCCUCUCGUUUCCUCUUCUCUGCCUUAUUUGCAGCCGCAACAAUUUGUUCGAGCGUAUCAGCUGUAGCAUUGACUUCUUCAGGUGUCAAAUUGAAUUUCGCUUUGUUGAGCAUCGUUAGCGAUUUCGCAGCAAAAGGCAGUGUCUUGAUGGUACGCUUUCUUGUUUGUCUUAGCUCUCUUCUAGAUCGUCCAUAAGCUAAACUGAAUCUAUCCAGAGUAUUGGCCCGUAUUCGAUGUCAAAUCCAGAAUACAUGUCCAUUUCUUAUCACGAAACAGAGUCUCAGCUGGUGCUGGUUUCUCGGAGUGCUCAAAGGCAGAAAUAUCGGAGACAGUCGACAUAGUUGUCACUAUAUACUACUCAAAGGUGAUGAACAAAAAAUAAUUAAUCUGUCGCGAACAACGGAUGAUCAAGUUCUUGUCUUGGAGUGAAAAUAGAUCAGAUAGAUAAUUCUGAAAGCGGAUUACGCCAUCCUGAAUAUGGACAGCCUUAUGAUUGAUAGAACUCACUGACUGGCGGUGUUGAACAAGGACAAGAUCUACUUUCAUCCUCUUGGAUUACCUCGUCCGCGAGUUAUCCUAAAACGUUACUCGUACCACGAAGUAAGCAUUCAAAAUCCUCUUUUUGGCCAUGACUUCUACAAGCUGUUCAAAAAGAAUUCAAGUGGAUCGUUGAUCGACUAUGCAAAAAUCGUAUGAAUAAUGUCAAUCGCUUGAUCUAUUGCGUUAAUCUCAUCAAAAUGAUCAAGCUCAUUAUCCAUCAGUUUUCGUUGACUUUCUUAAAGCUGACGUUUCAGUCGCUUUAGCUGCGCAAUUAGUCGCUCGGUUUGCUCCAUCGUCCCUAUAUUAUUUAGAAUUUCUAGAUCUUGCUGAAUGAAUCUAUGGAGCUUAUCUAUCCUCUCUUCGUCUUUCUUAUUCUGCUUCAUGAACUCCUCGAAGCUAAUGGGUAGGCUCACUGUUAUCUUCUCCGUUCUAGUGAAUACGAUAAUUAUGACUUAAAUAACG